AUGUUUAACUACAUUAAAAAGAGCAGUCUACAGUCCUUGCUCUAGAAACCAGAGCAUAAGUACUUUGGAAUUGAUUUGCACUCUUGUUUAGAAUUGAUUAAACAAGAGUUUGACCUUAAAUAUCAGACUGACAGGAUGAAGAAUUACUUUGAUAAAGGCACAGAGGAGUCUGUACUAAGUCAUUUUAAUCAAAAGAUUAUCAAUUUUACAAUAAUAACUACUGUUCUUUCAGUUAUUGGUAUAUUACUCUAUGGAUUGCAAUCUUACAGUGUCAUAGAGGGUUUUGUGAUGCUAAUAUUAUUAGUAGUUGCUCUUUUUAGUUACUCAAUGAUUUCCUUUUACAAUAGCUCACUUGGCAAUUCGUUGUUUUGUACAUCAAUCUCAAUGCUUUUAAUGACAAUGCUAAUAUUUAAUUGCUACAAGUCAACAAUCAUUAUAAUCCUUGUAAUUACUGAAAUCAACUAGAUCUCGAUAAAAUGUGACUUUAAGAUUAAGGCCCUUUCCUAUUUGAGUAUAAUAUUUGCCAAUUACUACAUUUAAAGCAGUAUUUUCGAAUGGUUUCUUUAAAUUCAAAUAGGAAUAGGUGGAUUUUUAUCGCAAAAACAGAGAAAAAUAGCUAUUUGCAGUUUUUUUCAAAUUAUGUAGCAAUAUCAAGAGGAUAUUGACAAUAAUAACAACUAUGUGGCUGGAAUUGUUCAUGAUUUAAGAAAUCCCUUAACUGUUAUCUAUAGUUGCACAGAAUUACUUAUGCAGAUAUUACCACCAGAAACAGUUAAUGGAGAGGUAUAGGAAGUUAUUUAAGCUUGCAGCAAAAACUCUUAAAAUCUUAUCUCAAUGGUCAAUAAUAUUUUAGAUUAUGCUAAGCUUAAAGCAAAAAAAUUGGAACUAGAUCUUUAACCAUUAAGCAUAAAAGACUUACUUAACAACAUUAUCGAUAUGAAUUAGGUCAAAGCAAAGCAAAAAAAUCUAAAACUUGGAUUAUCCUUAGAUGAAGAGUCAUUCCCUGAAUAGCUGUUCAUAGAUUAGAGCAGGAUGACUCAAAUUCUGGUUAAUUUAGUUUCAAAUGCCAUAAAGUUCACAGAUAAAGGUGGAGUUUAAGUUUAGGCAAACUGGUUUCCAGACGGACCAUCUAGUGAAAAUAACAUCAUUAAAUCAGACUCUUAAAUAGAUAAUAAUUCUUCAAAAGAAAAAGAUGGAAAUAUUGAUUCGCCAGACACUGUCGGUGGUAGAAUGAGGAAGAAUUUUUAAAAUAAGAGAAAUUAGAUUUAGUCUUUAGACUAAAAACACAAUGGCGGCAUUAAUUUUAACUUCUUCGAAGAUGAUAACGUAACUGAUAAGUAGUAAAAUUAAUUUCAAUUUACUCCUGAGUUGAAUGGGGAUGACAGAGCUGUUAAUAGAUCAUUUAUGCAUUCUUACAUGCAGUCUCAAUUAAAUCAAGGCUCUGUCUAGAAUCAAAUAGAGUCUGAAGGUGAUCUUGCCAUUAUCGAUUCUUAGAUGUCUAUAAACGAAGAGGAAAUAAAUGAUAGCUUGCCAAUGGUAUUUUUUACCUAAGAACAUAAAUAGAACGCAAGUGGAAUGGCAUUUUAAUAGGCUUUAAAGUUACGCAGCAGAGAAUUAUCCCAUGAAAACACUUAGACAGAUCAUUAAUUAGUUGAAAAUUCAGGUUCAUUUGGCAAAGAUAUGUAACUUCUUUAAAAAGAUAUCACUAUUUCUAUGAUAGGCUCAUAAAUUUCAUAAGGCUUGAAUUUGAAUUUCAAUUCUGGAAUAAUGAGAAGUGAAAAUACAAGGAGUAUUGAUCAAAAAAUUUAAAGUGAUCCACAUUUUAGAAGAAGCUCAUAGAGAGUAGAGGGAGAUAAUACAAGUAUGAAGUUCAGAAAUCUUAUUUAGCUUACUUCAGCUAAAUCCGUAGGAUUACCAAAAGUAACAGAGGAAAGAAAAACUGAGUAUGAAGAUGAGAGCAAAGAUUUUGAAAAGGAUAAGUAAUCAGAACUGGAUAACUUCUUGCAAAAUAAGAGUGGUUAAACAUCCAAAAAUCUUUCGGAAAAUCAGUAGCCGACACCCAGAUUAAAUGAGGACUUGAUUUAAGAGAUAGCAAAACCCAAUGAAAACACGAGAAUUAUAAGAGGAAAAACAAAUAAUGUUGGAUUUGCUUCACUGCAACUAGAUAUGAGUGAUUAAUCAGCAACUCUAUCACAUACUCAUUAUCCUUAAAUGAAAGAAUCAUCCCUAUUCAGUUAAGAAAAUUUGAAAAACAGAGGUUCGUCAAUGCAUAUGCUUAGAAAAGAGUCUCAAAACAAAUCAGUUUUAGCUCAAAAAUAGAUUUUCAAAUCUAGAAGACUGUCAAAAUCAACUUUUCUACCUGUACUAAAUAAUGCUCACAGAGAAACUUCGGGAACUCUUAUGAUUCAGGUAAUAGAUACUGGAAUUGGCAUCUCAAAAGAAAAUCAAGAUAAGCUAUUUAAACCCUUUGGAUAGGUAUCUAAGCACAUCCAAACGAAAUUUGGAGGAACUGGAUUGGGAUUAUGGAUUUCGAAAAUGAUUUUAGAAUUAAUGAAUGGAACUAUAAAUAUACAGAGUGAGGAAGGAUAAGGGACUAGAUUCAUAAUAAAGCUCAAACUUAAAGUAGUUAAACUUGAUAUACCUUAAGAAAUCAAUAGCUUAAAGCGAGCUAUAACUAUUCAAUCAAACUUUUUAAACAACUACGCAUAGAAUAGUACUAGCAAUAAUAAUAUGAGAAAAAUCUUAGUUUUGAGUGAUGUUUUCACAAGUCAGUCAAAUACACAAUCCAAGCCAAUUACUUUAGUAUAUAGAGAAUAACUAUAGCCGUGCAGAAAAGUCUCAAGGCAUCAUUUUAUUGGCCUAUAAUCCAUAAAUAUUGACAUGACUCUAGAUUAUAUGAUUAGAAAGCCUAUUUAAUAAUAGGAGUUUGCUGAAAUAUUUAGAAAGAUCAUGAUUCAAUUGCAUUUAUCAGAAAGUUUUGCCUCAACUUCUCUGGGUGAUAUUACUUUUACUAAUGAGGCUAUAGUAUUAAUGUAAAAUCAAAUCUCUAGAACUGCUAGUGCAUUUAUUAAAGAUAACAUGUCUAAUCAGAUAUCACUUUUUAAUAGAAACUCGGAUCAUUAACUUGAGAAUAGCAGCUUGAGUCCUAGUUUAGUUAAUUAUGCUUCUUCAAUAUUUGCUAAAACUUUAAUAAGAGGAUCAUCAAAUUCAGAAGCCCCAGGUAGAAGUAAAUUGCUUAUUGUAGAUGAUUCAGAAUUCAUUUAAAAGCUGAUGGUAAUGUUAGUAGAUAAGAUACGAUAAAGUAUGAUGGUUAACUUUGAAAUAAUAUAAGCCAGUAACGGAGAAGAGGGAUAUAACAGAUAUGUAGAGUACUAUAAAGAUCUUAAAUUGAUCUUGAUGGAUAUUCAGAUGCCUAUCCUCAAUGGAUAUGAAUGCACUAAAAAGAUCAGAGAUUUCGAAUAACAACAUAAUCUUGAACCAUGCUAGGUAGUUGGAUUGUCAGGUGAAUAGUCGGUUGAAAGCGAGAAAAUGGUUAAGUUAUGCCAAAUGAGUGAAUCCAUUUUAAAACCUGUAUCUAGAAAUUAGAUGUAGCAACUUCUUGGUAUUUUUAAUAAUUGA